AUGGAAAGCAGAGAGGAGAUGGUGAUGCUGGCGGAGGGAGGUCAGCGUGGCAAGAGCGGCUCCAAUUUGUCGGAGGCAAUCGGAAGCCCCCUGCGAGAACCGCAAGGGAAGCCGGGCCACAGGAGCUGCCUGAGCCCCGGGGCUGCGCCUUACUCCCGGGACAGGACGGAGGUGGUUGUGGGGGAAGGUGCAAGGAGGAAUAUGUGCGCCGAUACCAGGACAGUUGGCACGUCCUCCUCCGGAGAGAGACACCGGAGUGAGCACCCCAACAACAAAGACGCCAGCAGCUCAGACACUGAGUCAGACUUCUAUGAAGAAAUAGAUGUGAGCUGCACGCCUGAAAGCAUGGACUACCCAACAGCUAAAGGUCCAAAUGGGGAUUCUCCGGGUCAUCCAAGUGAGACCGGUAAUGACCCGGGUAAGGCCGUCCCAGGUCAGGGCUCUCUGUCCUACUCUGCAGACCAGAUCCGCCGGUACCGGACAGCCUUCACCCGGGAGCAGAUCGCGAGGCUGGAGAAGGAGUUUUACCGGGAGAAUUACGUGUCCAGGCCGCGGAGAUGCGAACUGGCGGCAGCGUUAAAUCUACCUGAAACCACCAUUAAAGUGUGGUUUCAGAACCGCAGGAUGAAGGACAAGCGUCAGCGUCUGGCCAUGACUUGGCCUCACCCCGCGGACCCAGCCUUCUACACCUACAUGAUGAGCCACGCAGCCGCCACGGGGAACCUGCCUUACCCCUUCCCAUCUCACCUGCCUCUGCCCUACUACUCCCACCUGGGGGUCGGAGCGGGUUCGGCCCCUGCAGCCACCCCUUUCUCCAAUCCCCUGCGAUCUCUCGACAGUUUCCGAAUGCUGUCUCACCCCUACCAGAGGCCGGAACUGCUUUGCGCGUUCAGACACCCCUCCCUGUACCCGGGUCCGACCCACGGCCUCGGUCCCGGUGGAAGCCCCUGCUCCUGCCUGGCCUGUCACUCCAGUCAGUCUAAUGGUAUCUCAUCCAGGCCCACCGGCUCGGACUUCGCUUGUUCCCCAACGAGCAGGACUGACGCUUUUGUCACUUUCACGCCUUCAGUUCUCAGCAAAUCCUCAUCUGUGACAUUAGACCAGAGGGAAGAAGUUCCUCUAACAAGAUAA